AUGUCGUCUUCUCCACUUAAAGUCGCCAUAGUGGGCACAGGACUCUUUGCUACAGCCACACAUUUGCCAACUCUCCAAAAGCUUGAGAACGUUGUUCCAUAUUCAUGUUACAACAGAACCAAAUCCAAGGCUGAAGAGUUUGCUUCCAAAGCUGGUAUCACUAAAGUGUAUGACUCUCUUGAGGAAGUCUUCCAAGAUAAAGAGGUUGAUGUUGUGGACGUGUUGUUGCCAGUCCAAUACAAUGUUGAAGCAGUGAAAUUGGCCGUCAAAUACAAUAAGCCAAUCUGUUUGGAGAAACCAAUUGCUGCUAAUCUUGAACAGGCUAAAGAGAUUGUUCAAUUGGAUGAAAGCUCCCCCACCUUACCCAUUUCAAUCUUGGAAAACUGGUCUUAUAUGAAUGCUAUUGAUAUCUUAAAGAAUGAGGUGUUACCAAAGAUUGGUGACGUCAUCUCCUUUACUUAUCGGUCCACUGGUGCUUGGAAUGAAAAUAAUAAGUAUUUGACUACCAGCUGGAGACAAAACCCUCAACAUAUUGGAGGUUUCUUAAGUGAUGGUGGGGUUCAUCAAUUGGCACUUUUAACAGGAGUUUUAGGAGCAGUAGAUCUGAUUUCCGCUUUAACCAAACAAGUGAGAAAGGCAAGUGGUGAUGAUGACAUUGUAUAUUCCACCGUUAAAAUGUCCUCCGGUGUCAUUGGAACUUUUACUUAUGGUUCUGCUUUUGGUGCUACGGAUAAGUCCUCUACUUUCCUCAUUAUGGGUACUAAUGGUUCAAUUGAAUUUGAUUUCUCUCCAAGCUUACCUAAAAAGAUCAUCAAAUAUCAAACAGGUGACUCUGCUCAAGCUGCUUCUGCCAAACAGAUUAUCGAAGUCGAUUCAAAUGAUACGUCUGCUGCAGAGUUCUCCAACUUUUUUGAAGCGGUGGCUCAAAAAGAUAAAUCAUUGAUCCUUACUAAACCAAGAUUGGCCUACCAUCAUUUGAGUAUCGUUGGUGCUGCUCUUGAAAGUGUAAAGAGUGGGUCUUUUGCAACGGUUUCUUCUCCGGUUUCUUCUCAAUAA